GCCGCCCCGCGCUACGAGGAGCCGCCGGCAGCGGGAGCGGAGCCGCAGAGCCGGGAGGGAGCCGGGAGGGAGCCGGGAGGCAGCGGCGGCGGGGCGGGGGCAGCGGCGGCCAUGUCUGCUCCAGCUCCACCUACCCAAGGUCCCACCAGUGCUGGGGCUGCAGGGCCACCUCCUGCUACCAGUGUGGCAAGCAGCAAACGGCUGCAGCAGACACAAGCCCGGGUGGAUGAGGUGGUCGAUAUCAUGAGAAUGAACGUGGACAAGGUGCUAGAAAGAGACCAGAAGCUGUCAGAGCUUGACAACCGGGCAGAUGCAUUGCAAGCAGGUGCCUCACAGUUUGAAACCAGUGCAGCCAAACUGAAGAGAAAAUAUUGGUGGAAAAAUUGCAAGAUGAUGAUCAUCCUUGGUGUAGUAUGCGCAGUCAUUCUCAUUAUAAUUAUAAUUUAUUUCUCCACUUGAAAAAGCAAAGGACGACGACUUGGCACAACUUUGUUCACAUCAACCAACAGUAUCAGUGUUCCUUUGUUGAACUCCGCUUUUUAAUUCCCAGUGUCUUGGGAUUUUUGCUUGUAAUAACCCAUAAGCAUUCAA